AUGGAGAAACAACAUACAGAGAUGGUGCACGUCGAGGACCCGGGGGAGCAAGCUAUCGAUCUCGAGAUCCAGAAGUCACCAGCCAUGUCUGAGAAAGCAUACGUGCGCGAGGCUGCGGAUGCCGAGAAGACGAAGAAAUCGGCAGCGGAGCGCAAGCUCGUCUGGAAGGCUGAUGGCACUAUAAUUCCUUUGGCAGGACUCAUCUAUCUCGUCGCCUAUCUGGACCGCAACAGUAUCGGCUUGGCGAACGUUAUGGGCAUGUCGAAGGAUCUUGGAAUAACCAAUGCUCAAUAUUACAAUUGCUUGAUGAUGUUCUAUAUCGGCUAUAUCGUCUUCAUGUUCCCAGGAAACAUCGGGCUCAGAAUUCUCCCUCCCCAUUACAUCCUGGGCGGAUGUGCUCUUCUUUUCGGGGCGUUCUUGACUGCCAUGUCCAGCGCGCAGGGGUAUGAGACGGUGCUGGCAAUGCGAGUUUUACUGGGAGCCACCCAGGCAUUCAUCCAAGGCCUUGGGCUAUACUGCUCAAUGUGGUACAAAAGAGAUGAGGUCGCAACCAGGAGUGCCAUAUACUAUGGUGCCGCGACCAUUUCAGGCGCCUUUAGCGGUCUGAUAGCCUACGCGGUUCAAAAGUCGUUGACACUCGAACGGACCGGCAAAGAACCGUGGCGAUGGCUCUUCAUUAUCGAAGGAUCUAUGGCCUUGUUCGUCGGUGCACUCGUCGUGAUCUUUCUCCCCCGCUUCCCGGAUCAGCUCCGUGGACGCAAGCAUUGGCUAUUUACUCCUGAGGAGGUUGAGCUGGCCAUACAGAGGAUGAGAUCAUAUAACACGGUUGGUGCAAAAGUCAGCGCGAGACAGGCGUUGAAGACCCUCAAAGACCCUAAAUGUUGGCUCUUUGGCUUGACCAACGCCGGUAUUGCGACUGGAAUUGCAUCCGUGGGGCUGUUUCUACCAACCUUCGUAAAGGAGUUCGGUUUCUCAAGAGAACGAAGCCUCCUCUUCUCCGUGAUCCCGUACGCGUGCGCUACCGCUGUGCUCCCGGUUCUAGCUAAGAUCUCGGACUGCGUGAACCGCAAGGGGACCUUUCUGAUCGGCACACUAUCGACCGUCGCGGUCGGCUACAUCCUACUGAUGAGCGUGUCGUCCACGAACGUCAAGAUCUUCGCCGCCUGCCUCAUCACCUCGGGCCUGUACCCCAGCGUGAUAUUCCUGAUCACCUGGCUCGGCGUCAACACCGGCGGCUUCACGAAACGCGGCACCACGUGGGCCGUGGCCGAGGUCUUCGGCCAGUGUUUCUCAAUCAUGGGCACGCAUAUCUACGAUGGCCCCCCAAGGUUCAUCAAGGGGCAUGCUAUCGUGCUGGGGUUCAUCUUGCUGGGCAUCUUCAAUAGCUGUGUGUUGAUCUGGUGGAUGAACAGAGAGAAUAAGCGGAAGGAUGCCGAGGAGCAGGAGUACAGAGAUAGAGGAGAGGUUCAUCCGCAUGCUUCCAAGUCUCUGGAGGAGGUUCAGGAUGCACAUAUCUCAUUCAGGUAUAUUUUGUGA